GUAUUGCGUCCGUUACAGUACGUCUUAAUGGUAAAAACUCAUCAUUUGAGGGUCGUGUUGAAGUGCAGUAUCGUGGAGUAUGGGGUACUAUCUGCGGAGGAUCUUGGUCUAUAGACAACGCUCACGUGGUAUGUAGCAUGCUUGGUUUUGCAAGGGCAAAUAUAACCAAGAAUUUUGGACCAGGAGUUGGACAGAUUUGGCUUGGUGGUCUAUCGUGUGAGGCCGCUUCGAAAGCCAAUACCCCUGACUGCUCCUAUGCAGGCAUGGCUCUGUUCUUAAGCACUCCUAAUAUAGACGUACGAAUGGCUAAUAGCAGUCUUCCACAUGCCGCUCAAAUAGAAAUACGUUAUUAUGGAAUAUGGAAACCGUUAUGUGAUAAUUACUGGUCUUUACAAGAUGCUCAUGUCGUGUGUAGAAUGUUUAAUUACACCGAUGGUGCUGCUUUUGCUGUUCGAGGAUACCAGGGUACGACUAGUGGUGAUGCAUGGAAAACACAGAUUAGCUGCAGUGGAACCGAGACGUCUAUUGACAAGUGUAAAAUUCGACACUGGGGUGAAAGUGAUUGUUCAAGUGACUACAGAGCUGGCGUUGUCUGCCUUAUCAAAGGGCAAGUUUCUGAGGUAGCUAUUCGCCUCGCUAAUGGAAGCACCCCAAACCAAGGCCGAGUAGAGGUUCGAUAUUACGGAGUCUGGGGCACAGUAUGCGAUGAUUACUGGGGAAUAAGUAAUGCUCAUGUGGUCUGUCACAUGCUGAAUUACAGCAAAGCUUUGACAACAGGCACAGCAAGUAAACCAUGGAGUGGUCCUAUAUUACUGGACGAUGUCUUAUGUAGUGGGUUUGAAGAUUCAAUUGAGAGCUGCCGGAAACAAAGUGUGGGUAAACACAAUUGUUACCAUGGUGAAGAUGUUGUAGUGGCAUGCGAAUACGGACCAAGAGCUUAUCCAGAUAUCAAUGUUCGAUUGGUUAACAGCAGUUUUGCCCAUGCUGGUCAGAUAGAAAUGCGUUAUUAUGGCGUAUGGAAACCUGUUUGUGAUGGGUAUUGGACUAAAAGAGAAGCUAAUGUUGCAUGUAGAAUGCUGGGAUACAGUCAAGGCCAAGAUCCAAACGUAGCUGUUCGUCUGGUGGAUGGAAAYGCACCAAAUCAAGGCCGAGUAGAGGUUCGAUAUUAUGGAUUCUGGGGCACAGUUUGCGAUGAUUUCUGGGGCAURAGUAAUGCCCACGUGGUCUGUCGUAUGUUGAACUACAGCAAAGCAUUAUGGACAGGAGGUGCUAAAGUCAAAGGGAGUGGUCCUAUUUUACUGGACAACGUCUAUUGUAGUGGAUAUGAAAAUUCUCUUAAGAGCUGCUGGAAUGUAGGUUGGGGUGAACACAACUGUGGUCAUUAUGAAGAUGUCGGUGUUACUUGUGCAAACGAGACAAAAG